UUUAGCUCUGGCGUGGAUCAUUCCUCACUUGUGUUCCAAAUUGUCAUCCCCGUCUUCUUCUCCCUCGCCCUAUACAAUGUCAUCGAACUUACAUUUCUUAUUUGGCAUACAUUCAAGCGGCACUCGGGUCUUUAUUUCUGGUCAUGCGUGUUUGCCACUGGAGGAAUUCUCUUUCAAUCUGCUGGCUUCUUCCUACUCUAUUAUGCAUCUCCAUCGGUCGCUUAUCUGGCGGUGACGAUAUCGCUUAUAGGAUGGAUACCAAUGGUAACGGGCCAGUCGUUUGUGCUAUGGUCUCGAUUGCACCUUAUCCUACAUAACCGACGGCGCCUUAAGAUGAUUUUAUGGAUGAUUAUUAUCAACGCCGUAUUAUGUACUGGAGGCAUCGCUCCAAUGGUUUACGGCUCAAUUGCUAACCCAGAGCUAUUCCAUACACCCUUUUCCGUCAUGGAGAGGAUCGAAGUCACUGUUUUCUUUAUCCAGGAACUGAUCAUAUCUGGGGUUUAUAUCUACGAAACACUCAAGCUCAUGAGGGUGCAAGAAUCCCUAGGAAUCAGCAGAUACGGCCGUUCUCUCAUGAAGCAUCUGAUUGUUGUCAAUAUUGUAAUCAUUUUCGUCGACGGUACGAUUAUCGCCCUGGAAUAUGCAAAUCAGUGGGAAUACCAAACCGCGUAUAAAACUUUUGCAUACAGCGCGAAAUUAAAGCUAGAAUUCACAAUCCUGAAUCGCAUGGUCGACUUGACA